CUAAUUUUUUAUUUUGAAUGAUUUUGUAAUUUUUAACUGUAUGCUUUAUGUGUAUGAUAUGCAAUCGUAAUGGUUUUAAAAAAAUAUGAAGAAAUUUAUCUGUAAGGCCCUUCUUAAAGCAGGAGUUUUGAGUCAGAAGAAUAAAGAUCAAAAGCUGAGAAUGAAGAGUGAUUCAGGCGAUGAACAGGAAGUGGGUCCUCCUCUUACAGAGGAAACCCGCAGGAUUCAAGCACAGCUGCACACACGACUGAUGUCAAAAAACCUGAAUGUUGAGACUCUUGAGAAAUACAAGGACUACCUAGACUUGCCAAUUGCAGUUGAUUCAUGUACGACACAUUUGGGAAAGCUGUUGAUGGUUCAGGAUGAGCUAGAGGAUAACAAGCAAGCUAUUGAAGACGCUGCGUCUUACAUCAUUCAAUCCAAUUGUGGCUGUGACCAUGCUCAAGCACGGCACGAGAUGACGCUUGUUCACCUGAGCUGCCUGAAUGAGGCCCUUCUUCCAGUGCUCAAGUACCUCCAAAAGGCUGGCUGUGACUUGGAGGCCCGACACUGCAAAAAUACUCCUGCCACACCUCUCACAAUAGCUGUGAAGAAUUGGAAUACCGAGGCUGUGAAAUUCCUGCUGUCUCAUAAUGUCAGCACUGGUGGAUUGAUUGGAGCAGAAGAAGGGAAUCCACCCUUGUAUUAUGCCUUACGCUCAAACCUUCCCGAGAUUGCCAAUCUUCUCAUCGCGCAUCCAGGGAUCAAUCUGGAUGCCAAAAGCUCCAGGGGGUCUCCGAUACUUCACGCUGCAGUGAGGAUGCCAGAUUUUCCAUUUCUGGAGACGUUGUUAAAAGCAGGCGCCAAUCCCAACAUAAUGGACAACGACAAUAGAUACACGGCUCUGUUGAUCUGUGUGACAUACAGGCUGACUGAUGCAAUAAGAAUAUUGUUGAGAUACAGAGCUGAUGUCAAUCAGAGGAAUUAUAGAGGAGAUUCAGCUCUAACUGUGGCUGUUUAUGGAAGUAACAAGCACAUCAUACAAAUGUUACUGGACGCGGGGGCCGACCCAAACACUCACUCAAACACUGAGUCCCCCCUCUUUAUCGCCUGCUACGAAGAUGACAUAGAUAUAGUCCGACUUUUGAUUAAGCAUAAGGCCAACAUCAAUGUAUCAAAUGAACAGAAAUACACACCGCUCCACGUAGCCGCAUGGAACGGCCAUUUGGAAACAGUACGAGAGUUGUUAAAAUUUGGAGCACCGCAUGAUAUUAAAACAAAUGAUGGGAACACGCCACUUGGAUUGGCAGCACAUGGUUGCCAUUUGUCUGUGAUGAAAGAGUUGUUACAGCUUGGUUGUAACGUUAACAAUAAGGACAAGGAUGAAGAUGACCCCAUCCUGUAUGCUUCGUACAAUGGCAUGACAAGGGGUGUGGAAUUGUUACUCGAACAUGGCGCGAACGCUAACAGUGCGAACAGAGUGAACGCUACACCUUUGUGGAACGCUGUUUAUGAAGGUCAUAAGGAGACGGUGAAACUACUUCUUAAGACUAAUGUUUACAUGGAAAAGAGGUCUGUUGGGAUUAAUCAACAUCAUCAGAGCGAUGAUGUUCUUAUUAUUUACGAUACAGAGCGUUCAUCUCUCUGGGUGGCCGUGUGCCGCGGUUACACAGACAUUGCUCUGCUGUUGUUAACUGCAGGGUACGAUGUCACAAAAGAGGAGUGGAUAUACAGCAGAAAUUUUCCUAAUGAGUUAGAUGAAGAUGACAACCGUGAAGCAAGACAGGCCCUUCAAAACAUGCUUGUUCACGCCUCACAGACUCCAUCGAGGUUGAUCACAUUGUGUAGAAACAGACUUCGGAAAAUACUCGGUGUGAACAUUGCAAGUAGUGUACAGAAGUUAGAUAUUCCACUGUUUCUUCAAAGCUACUUGUGUAUGGCAGACCUUAAAUACUCCAUAGAGGAGAAAAAGGAGGACAGCAAGGCGGACAUGGAGGACCUGGAUUUUGAUUUUGAAGAUAUUUGAGAUUUAUGUUUUUUCAAUGCGUGUUGUGUUUUUUUGAACAAUUUUUUCAGUCAUUUAUGGAAGCAUUAUGCAUCAUAAGACUAUGUAAAUUUACAUGUAUUUUGAACUGGCAAAAUCUUUUGAUAUGUAAUUGUACCACAUAAGUUCUUUUGAACUAAUAUUGACAAUUCCUUUCUAACUUACAUCAAUAUUGUUUAUUUGUAAAAUAAGCCCACUGAUGGGCAGCUGAAAAUACAUAUCAAGAUUUUUAAACAAAACAAAUAGGUGAUAACAAAUACAAAUUCGUUAACAAACAAAUGUUGCUUUAGUUUUAUUACAUAAAGUUAUUAGAAUUUGAUAAGCAUACAUAUAAUAACAACUUGAUGUAUUUAUGAAAUAUCAACAUUUCAAGAACACUGUUUAACCCGGUAAUAUCAUUCAUAGAUGUCAACUAAAGCAACUUGAGCAAAUUCACAAUCUGUCUUAUUCCAAAAGCUUAGACCUUCUUUUAAAAUGCAAAAUAAAGAAAUUUAGACAAAAGCAACAAAGGUUCAUGAGUUUCUUCAAAGGCAUUUGCAACAGCAUUCAAGUAUUCUGUGAAGUAUUCCUCAAGUACAUUAAACAAUGGACAAUUCACAAGAAAAUGGAUUUCACUUUCAACUACGUGAACGUUUCUGGUUCAGCAGUAUCUACCAAAAAAGUAUUCUUGGCCAAUGUUAUUAUGUCUACCAGCUUCUAUAUUAAGAGCAAGAUUUUCAAUUUAAUUUAAUGUGUCACAAAUUGAAUUGAAGGUUUUACAAAAAAUCAAAUACAAAUUGCCUGAACUGACCACCUAAAUUUUUUUUUGGAAAUUGAUAUCAUAACUUAUCAGAAACAUUGAUUUGAAAAUGUGAUCUUAUAAUAGGUUUGUUGAUAAAAUGUCCCCAUAGUCAGAAGGGUAAAAACAUAACAAGACAAAAUCGUUCUUUUCUUCUUAAUGCACAGCUUAUGAAUACUGAUUUUUA